GUCUCAAAGUUGACGGGAAAUAUUCAUUUUGACUGAGUUUGGAUUCGGGUUUGGAUUUUCCCCGAUUAGAAAACAUGAGGAUGGGUCGGGUAAUGGAGACGGUCCUCUAACAGCACACCUAAUUCCUCUCAAACGUGAAGAAAAAUGUCCCUCACUCUCAACCUUUCAACCCCUUCUUUCUCUCCCCGCUACCUCCCCUACAACAACACCCGAACCAUUUCAUGUUCCUUUUCUUCACAAUCUCUCAAGUGUAAGAGAGAGUACACGAGUGUGAUGAUAGUGCCCACCGGAGUUGGAGCCGCUAUUGGUGGAUUCGCUGGGGACUCUUUGCCUGUUGCUCGCGCUCUUUCGUCAGUUGUUGAUUGCCUUAUCACUCACCCUAAUGUUCUUAAUGCAGCAAUGCUAUAUUGGCCAAUGCCUAAUGCGUUAUAUGUAGAAGGUUAUGCUCUUGACAGAUUUGCAGAAGGUUCAUGGGCCUUACAACCUGUUCACCAAAAUAGGGUUGGAAUAGUUCUAGAUGCCGGUAUAGAGGAAGAGCUCCGGAUUCGCCAGUUACAAGUAGCCGAUGCGGCAAGGGCUUCCCUUGGAUUGCCGGUUGUAGAAUAUAUUGUCACAGACACUCCACUUGAGGUGGAGAAAUGGAUUGAUCCCAAAACUGGAAAAUCAACAGGGAGGAUUAAGCACCCUGAUUCUUUACUUAGAGCUGUGCAAACCUUAGUGAGUAGGUCAAAAGUGAAUGCUGUUGCUGUUGUCGGGCGUUUUCCAGAUGACGAUACUGAUGAUGUUGAUGAAUAUCGGCAGGGAUUGGGAGUAGACCUACUGGCGGGAGUUGAAGCAAUUAUAAGCCAUCUAGUGGUGAAGGAGUUCCAAAUUCCUUGUGCACAUGCUCCUGCAAUGGCUCCAAUUCCUUUGAGUUUAUCUUUAAGUCCCAAAUCAGCAGCUGAGGAGAUUGGGUACACUUUCCUGCCGUGUGUGCUAGCUGGCCUCAGUAAAGCCCCGCAAUACUUGGUCAUGCAUUCUGAAUCAACGGAAAAGGGUUGCAUAUUGGCAAGUGAUGUGGAUUCUGUAGUCCUUCCUAAAGAUGCUUGUGGAGGGGACGGAACUCUUGCUUUUGCAAGAAAUGAAAAACAUAAGCCACUUAUCAUUACCGUGGAAGAAAAUGAAACUGUUCUGGAUGAUACUGCAGAUAAACUUGGUUUUGAAGCGCUGCAUGUCUCAAAUUAUUGGGAGGCUAUUGGAGUAAUUGCUGCUCACAAAGCGGGGAUAGAUCCAUUUUCACUUAGAAGAAAUCAAAUUCCUAACAUCGGUUGCACUUCUUCUAAGCCAGUCAACGGUCAUUACAAUACAAGAGAAAGAGCUAUCUACUGAUAUAAACUUUGAGAGCUCAAUGUUAGUUAUUAGUUUUUAAUUUUGUUAUACUAAUCACUAGAGGAAAUAGUAUAUUGUAUUAUUGAUUUUAGGUCUUGUAGCCAUUUGUAUAUCUAAGAAGGUAGCAAUUGUUGUACUUCUAAGUUCUAACUAUCUUGAAAGACAGGGUAGGAUCAAUUUUGCAGUAAAUACUUAUUUGGUUUCAAAGCAAGAUUAACACAAUCGGGUUGCGCACCUUAUUUGGGCAUUCUAACUGUACAAGCUUCAGUUAUUAAGCCAUUAACCAACCUGAAACAAAGGAAAACUCUGCAGGAUGGGGGUAUCAGUUAUCAAGUGAAAUGAAGUUAUAUGGUUGACUUGAUAGGGUUGUUGUGGGCACUUCUUAAGCCUCUUAGCAACAACAAUAAGAUUGUUGUUGUAAUCUUUUUUAUAGUGGUUUGUUUAGUAUUGGUGUUGUUUUGUGUUGGAUUUGUUGUAGUUUUUGUGGAAGUUUCUUCCCUUUCGUGUGUGAUAGAAAAAGUUGAUAGAAACAAUUAUGGUGUUAUUAUUCUGGAAA